UCUGCCUACUCCUUCCGGUCGCCAUGCGCCUUGGGAUAGCGGAGACGCUGGGAGCCCUCAACGCGGCCCUGGGGCCUGGCGGCCCAGUGUGGUUCAAGGAGACACGCGCCCGCCACCUGCGUGUCCGAGACUUCUUGGCACCGCGGCGCGCGCUGCAGGCGCGCUUCGGGGACGACCAGGUGCCCGAGCGCGUGGUUCACGCCAUCGUCGGCCUGCAGGGUCCUGGCGUGGCCCCGGUUCUGAGCUGCGCGCCAACCCCCGCAGGGCUGGCGCUCCAGCUGCGGCGGUCCGCCGUCUUCGAGCGCGUCCUGGGCGCCGUGGCCGCCUAUGCCGCGCCCACCGUCCCCGCAGCCCUGGGCCCGCGCGUCGUCCUGCACUGCCCGGCGCUGCGCGGCAGCCCCUGCGCCCUCCGCCUGAGCCAGCUGCGUGCCGUGCUCGUGGCCGACCACCUGGCGCGAGUUUUGCACGCUCACAGGGUGAGUGUGCGCCUAGUGCCCGCCGUGCGGGACCCGCACAUGCCGACCUUCCUGCAGCAGCUGCGGGUGGACUGGCCCGCGGCCUCAGAGAGAGCCGCGACCGAAGCCCUGAGGAGCCGCGCGCUUGCAGAGCUCACCCCUGCCCGUAACACGGAAGCCCUGCCCCCUGGCGCCCUGGGCCGAGUGUGCCUGAAGGAGCUGGUGGACGAACGGGGACGCACAACUGGCUAUGACCCCAACCUGGACAGCUGUCUGGGUAGGACCCGGAGCCUAGCAGGGCCAGAAAGUAGUCGGGCCCCGCACUCCCCGCCGGCCUCAGCCCUGUGUGUUCUCUUCGCAGUGACGGAGGAUCUGCUCGCUGUGCUGGCGGAGCUGCAGCAGGCUGUGCAGAAUUGGGCUGAGGACAGCUCCCUAGGCCUGGCUGCAGCCCCAGAUGCUGGUGCAGAUAGCUGCAUGGUUGUACACGUGGUGAGCUGUGAGGAGGAGUUCCAGCAACAGAAGUUGGACCUGCUUUGGUGGAAGUUGGAUGACCAGGCCCCUCUCAGACAGAAGCACCUGGUCUGUGGCCCAGUGAAAGUAGCUGGUGCGCCUGGCACCCUGACUGCCCCCGAGUACUACGAGUUCCGGCAUGCCCAGGUGUGCAAGGCCUCAGCACUGAAGCACGGUAGGGACCUGGCACAAGACCCAGCCUGGAUGGAAAUCUUCAGGGUUCUCCCUGUGGCAACCAUUAAGUUUGAGAUGCUCAGUACAGCCCCACAAAGUCAGCUUCUCUUGGCCCUGGCCGACAGCAGCAUUUCCACAAAGGGCACCAAAAGUGGCACCUUUGUCAUGUAUAAUUGUGCACGUCUUGCCACACUCUUUGAGAGUUACAAGUGCAGCAUGGAACGAGGUCUGUACCCCACUUUCCCACCUGUGAGCAAUCUGGAUUUCUCCCUGCUACAUGAUGAGCACCCUUCUCCCCCACAGGGUGAGUGGUUGCUGCUCUUCAACAGCGUCCUCCCCUUCCCAGACCUGCUGAGCCAGACAGCAGCCCUGCCCUGCACAGCCCCAGGGCUCCACAUCACUGCACGCACAGAGAUGGUGUGCAAGUUCCUGGUACAGCUCAGCAUGGAUUUCAGCUCAUACUAUAACCGGGUACACAUCCUAGGGGAGCCUCGACCACACUUGUUUGGUCAAAUGUUUGCCCGUCUGCAGCUUCUGCGGGCUGUGCGUGAAGUGCUCCACACCGGGCUGGCCAUGCUGGGUCUCCCUCCACUGAGUCACAUCUAAGGCCACAGAGGCCCCAAUAUAUGGGAAUGUCCACAAAGUCAUCAACUGAAAGGGAAAAAAAAACCCACAGAUUUUGUUAGAGACCCGGAGCCAAAAUAAAUUGCUUCUGUGACAAAGUUUUGUCCCAUUGUGGGGAGUGGGGCAU